AUGACCCUGGAGGCGCCGUGGCUAGCGCUGAGCUUGGCACCUCCUCCCUCCCCUCCACGUUGUACACCCAGCACACCCCCAGUCCCGAAGGGUUCCAGAAUUUCUAUCCCUACUCACCGCCGGGGUCGCGGCCCGCGCUGGGGCAAAGGCAGGGGCUGGGCGGAGGGAGCGGACCGGUGCCGAGGAGGGCUGAGACAGCCUGGGCGGCAGCGGCGGCCGGCACAAUCCCGGGCAAUCGCGGCUCCGCAGGCGUCCUCUCAGGCUGUGGAGCUGGAAGACUGUGGCGGUGGCGGCUACGGCGGCUGCGGCGGCGGCUGCGACGGCCUCUGGCUGCGGACGUGGCGCCCGACGCGACCCGCCCCCUCCGCCGCCUCCUCAGUUCCCGCCUCCUUCAGCGGCUCCGACUCCGAGGCGCACGCGCGCUCGUGCAGCCCGGGCCUCUCCCGCGCCCACCCGGCACACGCCCACUCGUUUCUCGCAGGGUCCGGUCCUCCCAGCAGCCCCCAGCCGGCCGCGUCCCAACUGCGCACGCGCGACGCUCUGAGGCCCGCUCCCGCCCCUUCGCCCCCUGGGCGCCUCCGUGGGAACCCCCGGCCGGCCUCCACGCGCCUCUUCCGAGGGUCUCCGCGCCUUCUUCCCGCCACUGUCCAAUCAGAUGGGGCGAGGGGCACAAUGCCCAGGAGACGCGCAGGCCGCGGACCCCAGUCCCGGAGGUUUGGCGUCGGCGGCGGCAGGGAGUCAAGGUCCGCGCGGAGUAACGGUCUUCGGAAUUCCGAACCUUGGCCUUAGGGAAGGUGGGCCAGUCGCCAGUUUCUCUAGCACUUUUCGUCCAGGUGCCUCAACCUUCUUUGCCUGCUGUGCUCAGGGAGUGACAGCCGGGCCUGUUCAGACGUUCACGUCGGGGCUCUAUGCUCGCCUUUGUGACUAAGUGCUAGGGUUGAGGAGAGACGUGGCUUAUUUAUGUGUUUUUCAGUUUGUUUGAUUUUUAUUAUUAUUAUUUAUUUUACUUGUCGCUGGCCUAAAAUUGAGCUCCUUGAGAGUAAAAACCCGCCUGGGUUGUCAUCACCGUCGGCUUGGUGCAGGGCCUGCCAGGCGCUCGAAAUGUGUUGAAGAGGGGGUGUUUAGUAGCGAAAGAGCCUUGGAUUGGGCAUUAGAAAGCCUGGCUUUGCGCCGCGCCCUUGCCAGUUGCUGACCGGGCCCCUCCACGUGUUCCCCGCCGGGGCAGCUGCUCUCCUCUCCAGUCCAACGGCGUGCGGAGGCGAAUGGCGGCCCCGCCUGAGCUGAUCCCCCUGGGACGUGAGGCGUCCCUCUCUGAGCUUCACAGCGGGUUUCAGGAACCACCUCAGAAGGUCGUUUUGAGGACGGGAGGAGAUGAACUGCUCAAAGCCUGCUUAACUACAUAAAUGGUAUCCGUUAACUUUUCCUUGACUCCCUUUCCACACCUGUAAAAUGAAGAUGAUGGGAAACUCAUCAUCCUUGUUUUGUGUGUGUGUGGUGGGUGGGAAAGGUCUUUAUGAACUGUGAAGUCCUAUGUAAAUGUGGGAUGUUUCUUUCACAGUCUGAUUAACAACUUAAAAUACGUGAAACAAAAACACGUGAAGUCAAAAACAUACACAGGAAGCAAAAAAACUGACAAAAUGACUUAUCAACUACAGAAUAUUCAGGGUGGUGGAAAUGAAUGAUAACUGUUGACAACAUAGCUCAGAAAGGACAUGCUAAAACCAAGGAAAGCAUGCUGGAUGAGGCUAACUUUGAUCCAGGUCAUAAAUGGAAUGGCCUAUAGUUUAUAGCUUCAACCUAAUCAUUAACUUAUGAAAUCAGAGAAUUCAGGCCUCUUAAGAAUUAAGGACAGUGGUCCUCAGACUAUCAAGAUAUUUUAGUUUCUCAAAGCAGAAAGAGGAAAUAAUCUUUUCACUUCAACCUAUGGGUUGAAUGAUUAGCAGGAUCAGUGGAUUGUACUGUUUAUCCAGCAUGUGAAGAAAUGGAUAACCUCUGUUUUCUUGUUAUUACAGAAGUUUCUGUCUUUAAUAUAUCUUUAAUAUGUGACCUUUCAAGGUUGAACUCUAGGUAAAAUUAUGAAGUGCACAAUUAUGUCUCGUUUCUUCUUCCCUUUGCACGUUGUUUUAAAAGAGAAUUAUUAAAGUACAAAUGACUGACAGGACUGUAGCCACUCCUGGGAGAUUUUGCAUUUUUACAGUUAUUAAAGCCAUAACUCAAAG